UUGUUUUUUAAAUAUUAACAAAGUGUUCGUCAACUGUGUAGUUAAAUAAAAAAUAAAAUAAAAAUUCUCAUGUAGUGGCAUUAAAAAUAGAAAAUGACUAACCACACCUAACAUGCACCUGAACACGGUUACAAAUGUUGCACUGUUUACUGGAAGGUGCUUCACUUUUGUUUACAAGAAUGGAUAUAUUUUAUGUCCACAUUGUUGAUUUUUUACGUUAACUGAUUGCAAUUUGUUUUGUUUCACGUAUCGUAGCCAAAAAAUAUAAUAAAUAAUCUCCAUAAAAAUACUUUUUCUCUAGUGUUUUCCCCACAAAUGUUUUAAGGCAUUGUAUAUUGAACUUUCUGUGGCAUUUUAUGCAAGUCCAAAUUUAGAUUUUCAUAAUGAUUUGUGUUACCAUGGUUACCUAAGUUCAUGUUAAAUGAAUUAAAAAUUUCCAAUUUUGUUGAAGGUCAAAUGGUAUUACACACACACAUACUAAAUUUCUUACAACUAAAUUCACUAAAGCUAUAAGUUUAAUGUUUAAAAUCUACAUCAAACUCUGUCACGGAAGUCACACCAAUUUGUCACCACUGGAUGCAUAAUCUUCAUGAAUGAGAUCCUACAAUUGUGUGAUUGAGUUAAGUUUGAUACUGAGCAUAUACCUAUACAUAAACAUCAAACAUGUAAUUUGCAUUGUAAACUGAUGGCGAGUGUGUUCUGUAUUGUGAUUGGUUAAUUACAUUAUUUUUCCGGGAUAAAAAUAACACCCGGAAAUACCAAAUAUACAGUUAGUUCCGUAGAAAAAACAAUUCAGUUUACAAUGGACAUAACCAUAUUAGGUUUUUAGAUUUGUGGGUGUUAUUGUCUAUUUGAUGCCCGCAAAUGUAUCAUUUUUCACCUCAGGCUAAUGCCUUAGGUCAAAAAUGACAUUUGAGGGAUCAAAUAAACAAUAAAACCCACAAAUCUAAAAACUCCAUAUGGUUAUCUCCUAAGUGGAUCAUACAUUUAAGGGCCAUUGGUUAAACUGGUGAAAUCCUUGAAAAUCAUAAUUUGCUAAUUUUUCAGCUAGUGCCUAUUACUAGCACUGCAUGUAGCUUAACACUGAGUUACACUGUUUAUAAAGACAUGGGAUCAAGUUACUAAAUGUGCCAGUUUCAACUUGUUAUCUGUACUCCAGAUAAGAUGCUCCAAAAAGUGUUGAAAAUAUAAAAUGUCAUUCGCAUAUUUGAAAAGGGGCGUGACAAUUUGGAAAUUACGACUGAAAUUGUGCCUCACUGCAUUCCACCAACAACAUAUUUAUAGAAAAAUGUUUUUUUUAUUGAAAUCUGAAGGUGUAUCAUGAGAAAUGUUUCAUACAUAAAUUGGAAGGAAAUUACCCAAAAGGUAUAAACAUUGAACAAGCGGUGACAAUACCAUGAACCUCUAGUUUCCAUAGACUUGCUGUCAUGAUCCCUUGAAAGAAUAUUUGUCUAAGUUUCCUGAACAGAAUUGGUAACCUCUACAACUGGCUAUCUCAUGAGUACCAUUCAUGGUAGCCUAUUGAGUUAACUUAUAUAAGUGAACCGUCUGUAUACUUUGAAUUAGACAUUAUAUCCUUGUAGCAUGAAGAACACAUUACAUGUUAAAUUUCAAUUUUAUAGAAGAAUAAACUAUGUUUGAUUUGUCAUGGGUCAAUCCAUAGUUUUAAAAAUGCACAGGGGGAAAGUGAAAUAAUAUUUGACAACUGGCACAUGAACUUUGUAAGUAUCUUCAGAAGUGCAGUCUUCUAAUCAACAAGUAUUGUGCUCAUGGUCGACAAUGCUCAAUUUUGGGAUCAAUGUCUGAAUUAUGUUUAUUGUUGGGCUGUUGCCUUAUGACGUAUCAUUUUAUCAGCAACUACAAAACUGAUUAGCACAAAGCCUAUAUAAUAGUAUCAUCAACAUAAAUUGUAUGAUAUCAAGGUUUAGGUGGAAUUGCACCAUCGGCCAAUGUCCUUAUCAAUUUGGGAUAAAAGAGAAUACAAAGUAAUUUAGAUGGCUUACCACAUAUUAUUGACUGUCAGCGUAAUAAUAAACACCUUUAAUGCUAGUCAUGAUGAAUUGAUUUUAUUCAAAAUCAUCAAAACAAUAACCAAGUAUAACAUGCUAACAUUAGAAUUUUAAGUUUAUGUUAUUGAUGUUAUGUUUUUACCAGAUAUACUGAAUACUCAGUUGAAGAUUUUCCUGCAUGACUGCUCAAAUUAAGGGGGCUCUAGCCUUUCAGCUUUGAAGAAGCCCUAAUGACCAAAAAAAAAAAAAAAGCCAGAUGUAUAAAUACAUGUACGUGGUAUAAUUAUUAAAGUAAAAAUACUUCUGGUGAUAAAGAAUAAUUAAUUUUACAAUGGCAAGUAAUUAAUCAAUAUUGCAUUCUGAAUACUGUGUGUGAUUUAAGAAAUACAUUGUUUUCUGAAUACACCAACGUACUCGUAUUUAUUUAUAUGCAUAUGUACCAAUUUCAGAAAAGAAUGAGAGAAGACCCGACAUCCGUCCAAGUGGACAUUUUGGAAAAAGCUUGGCUUGCUGGUGUCAAGACGGCAGGGUGUAAGGAGAUUGCAUCUGUUGCCAGUCAAACAGGUUUAACUGAGGAAAAAGUUACGGUGUGGAUAGGAAAUCGGCGGGCAAAAGACAGACAUGCAGGUGUCUGUGAACCAAAGAAGGUGGCCUACACAUAUGGACCAAAUGCGUAUUCAUAUUUUUGUGGGACAGUCUCAAGAGGUGACUUAUCCAAACAAAUAUAUUUUAAACUGUGUGCCAGUCAGUGGAAAAAACUUUCUAAAGAAGACCGGGCACAGUUUAAAAUACAGGUAGAAAAGGUACGCCAAGACCCCAAUAAAGGCUGUGACAGGAAGUUGCUUUAUAAGAAGCACAUGUCCAUCAUAAAUAAAUCGUGUGAUAUCUUACAGUCUUCAGGUUUCCAUGUUAGUGGCUUCAGCCUGGAUGCUAAAAACCCUGAUGUACCAGUACUGUUUGGAACACAAAAAGGAAUGAAGUGGCUUGCAUCCAAGAAUGCUAAAAUUGUCACUAAUAUUUUAGGUGAUUUAUUUUUUAUCUCACACCUAACAACAGUAAAAACAAAUUGGAAGGCAAAAUAUAGGUUUUGUUUUUUGGAGGUGGUAGCAGUAACAUUUUCAUUAAAAUCAGUAUUAUGUUUUUGCUUGGAAAUCCAAUCUAAUUAAAAUUAGCUCCACUGAUUAAUUUCCUGUGGAUCUAACAGUAGCCCAUUGGAGCUUAUAUCCAGUUGACCUUUCAU